AUGGAUCAAACCGGUCAGCAAGUGGCCGGUGCCGCAGACGGUGCCGAGAAUCUCGUCAAGCUGAAAAGAUUCCUCCAAGGUCCAAAGGGAGUCAUGACAAUCGCCGAACACAUUGCAAAUGCGGUACCAAUGUCUUAUGAGAAGAUCAGCAGAGAAACCGACAUCGCCGUCGAAGACGUGGACAGGCUGAUUGAUGAGAUUGGUCGAAACGAGUUGAUGAAGUACGUCGCCAAAUACUGCAUUGACCUUCGUCGCUUCGUCAAAGCAGAAACCGCCUAUGUGGAUGAAAUCCUGGACAGAAUGAUGGUACUCUAUCGGAAGGGCGCGUCUACAGGCGGAGCUCAGCUGCGGGCAACUUUGGAAUAUGUCUGUGGCACGCUGGUGGGCGCAGGGAUGGUGGCACUUGACAGAGCACGACAAGUCGACGUCGGCAAGUGGCUGAGGAUAAUGUUUUGGAUGUCGCUGCUGCUUGCCCUCAUGCUGGCCAGCUUCUUGCCGUACAAGUACUCUCAAGCUGCCGGCACCGUCGAUAUGACAGAAUAUUAG